AUGCAGUCUGCCAUCGGCAUGGAUUCAUGUCGCCAUUCUUUCGCUCCCCAGGCAGGAAACAGCGUCGACGCAUAUGUUCCGAGUUUCGUAAACCGAGACCCAAGAUAUGACCCGCUACAUGUCGAGAAUUCUCCUAUUAAUGGGGUAAAUGCGAAUAACCACAUUGGUCUGCUCCCUCACGAUAUCAGCUUAUCGACCCCUGGUGACAACCGAACGAACCUGGGGAGUGAAAACUUUCGGUUCAAUGUCACUCUCAAGGCAGCCACAGCAAUGGUAAAAGACCCCGAUGAGAUACCCAUUACGUAUCUUAACAAAGGCCAAGCCUACACGAUGUCAGUUCUGGAUACAGCACCAAUGACAUCAGGCGCACAGCCUUUGAAAUAUCGCACUUUUAUCCGUAUUUCUUUUGAGAAUGAUGGACAACACUCAAAGUCAGCCAGUUGCUGGCAGUUAUGGAAGGAGGGCCGUGGCUCCAUCGAAGCCCAUCACCGGGAUGGAAAGCUUUUGGUGGUAGAACUCGUGGACCCCAACCAAGGCGGAGAUGAUAUAAUACCAUCUCAAGUUCAUCUGGAAACUUCUAAUUUCGACGGUUUCUCUGUUAUUUGGUCCUCGAACCCUGCCAAUGAAAAUCCAUGCUGCUCGAUAUCAGUUCGCUUCAAUUUCCUCUCCACCGAUUUUAGCCAUUACAAAGGUGUCAAGGGAAUUCCUGUUCGCCUAUGCGCCAAAACAGAGGUUAUAUCUACUAGCCAUGGAGAUCCACCUCUUGAAGACCGGCCCGAAGUAUGCUAUUGCAAGAUCAAGUUGUUUCGACAUCAUGGCGCCGAGCGAAAGCUUUCCAACGAUGUUGCACAUGUCAAGAAGCGUAUUGACAAGGUGAAACAGCAAAUCAGCCAAGCUGAACUCAGGUCUGGCUUUGACAAGAGAAAAAGAAGCGGCUCGUUUGUCAAAGGAAAGAUCACAAAGCAUAAAAGAGUGAGGUCUAGUGAAUCGAGCAAUGAUUCAGGGAAAUCAACUCUAGAAGGGGGCCUUCAAAACAAGCUGCGCACAUUUAAGGACAUGUUUUCAUCUACUCACUCUUUCAGUGCUCUCAAUUUGAAGGGUGAUGCCUAUGAUGACCCAGACCUCUUCCCAGUCCACCUGGGAAUUACCGACGAGGGAUUCUCGCACACGAUUGGGUGGGAUGCGACGCAAUGCAUGAAGGCGGCUGCUCCAGCCGCAUCCUCUCAGCAUGUCUUAUCACCCGCAACUGGCAACCGCUCGCUCAGCUCCUCUUAUAACUCCUUUGACCGUCACGACUCGAUGGAUUGGUCCAGCAUUUCCCAACAGGAUUCCGGUAGCCUAGAGCAUAUUAGGAACGGUCGGUUCUUAAGCCCGCCUGGCAAAGCCUCCCAUUUUAUCACAACCAUGGAGGACAUCAAAGGCGGGGUGGAACACCUUGAGGGGAUUAAAAAGGUUCUUGACGAAUUCCCUGUUGAAAAUCCUCAAUCCGCCAUCUUCUCUCAAACGCUUGAAAUUCUUUAG